GGGGAAUCCUGGCAGUGCUGCAACGUGAAGGACCUGGAGGCUAGGUCAGAUGCCACAGCAACAAGUGAAACACCAGGGGACAGAGAGCGAAGCCGGAUGGUGCUUGACUGUUCCAGCAUCCCGCAGGGUUUGAUUGCUGGGAGACCUGUACCUGGCUUUGGUUUAUGGUAAACCAACAAAUUCACCUCCGUUGGUCCUUUGGAAGAGGGGGACUGGUCACAGAGGACAGCAGAAAACACUAACUGCUGGGACUUGUGGUGCCCCAGGAGAAGACCACGGCAUGGAUGGCAUCAUCGCAGCAGAUAUAUUCAAGGCAGUGAAGGAAUGCGACCUGAAGAAGUGCCAGCAAAUAAUUGACCAGGAGGGCCCAUCAGUCCUGGGAAAUUAUGAUGAAAAAGGACACACGCCAGUUCACUGGGCAGCCCUGGCAGGAUCCAUGGACCUCAUGGGGCUCUUCGUGGACUGUAAAGGACCUGUGGACCUGCCCAGCCAGUCUGAGACAGGACAGCGCCCCAUUCAUUGGGCUACAGUCAAUGGUUACAUCUCUGUAGUUGACCUACUUGUGCAAGCAGGAGUUUCUAUAGAUGUAGAAGAUCAGAAGGGGUGUACACCAUUAAUAACUGCUGCUCAAUAUGGACAGACCGCCCUAUGUUGUUAUCUUAUUGGGAAAGGUGCCAAAGUACAUCUGAGUGAUUUGGAAGGAGACACCGCAUUGCACUGGGCAGCUUUCAAAGGUUACUGUGAAUUGUCACACCUUCUAAUAUACUCAGGUGCAAGCCCAAGGCAUACGGACAAUUUUGGUCAGACCGCACUACAUUUAGCAGUAUUAAGUGGAAAUCUCCCUACUGUUCAGCUGCUAUGUGAACAAGACGGAGUUGACUUGGAAAGUGAAGAUAACAAUAGGAACACCCCAUUACGUCUGGCUAAAGGACGGAAAGCAAAGCAAAUAGUUUCUCUCCUACAAAGUGCCAUUAUGCAGUCAAAACAUCUACAAGCAAAGUUUAACUGGAGUACGUGGUGUUUUGGUCCCCCAGGGAAAUCAAAAGCCCCCAUACUAUUCUUUUAUGGUAAUCUUUUCACUUGGGGCUAUCCAACAUACUUUUGUAAGAUUCUGCCUGUCUUAUACUAUGCUUUCUGGGAAUGGCAUAUCAUAUUCUUCCUUGGCAAUGUAUUGAUGUGGAUCUUCUUCUUAAAAGCAUCUUUGAUGGAUCCUGGCUUUCUUCCUCAGGACACUGAAGAAUAUCACUAUGCUGUUAAGCAGGCUAUCAAUUUUAAUGACUGGAAAAAUGGCAAAAACCCUCUAGGCAGACUUUGUCAUACUUGUCAUCUUGUGAAGCCUCUGCGUUCAAAGCAUAGCUGCAUGACAAACCGCUGCGUGGCUUAUUUCGACCACUAUUGCCCUUACGUCUACAACGAUAUUGGUCAACGAAAUAGAACAUACUUUGUUGGAUUCCUAUUUACCAUGUGUAUCAACUGCCUCCUCAGUAUCUACCUGGGAUGGAACUUUUUGCAGGUCGAAGGUCAGAGUCUAUUAAUUGGACUUGGUUCCCUGUUCCUUGCCGUCAUUGGUUUUAUUUCUGCUAUGAUGACUGGAAUGUGUCUAUACAUGGCAGCUAUCAACUUAACAACAAACGAGAAUUUGAAUGCAAAGAAGUAUUUUUAUCUCAUGGAUGAGAAAGGAAAGUUUUACAACCCAUUUAACAGAGGAAUUGUAAAGAACCUCCUUGAGUUUUUCCAUUUAAUUCCACCACUUUCUGAAGAUUCAAUUAGAAGAAAGCAAAUCAGUGAAAUUUAAUCCUAUUUCUGCUAAGAUGUUUUUAUGUUUACAUGAUGUUAUUUAUACCACUAUUUAUACAGAUCUAUUUUUAUGGCAUUUUUAAAAUAAACUGA